AUUAUGAUUUAUACACCCUAGGUAGUGCAUUACACAAGGAAAAGGGAUGUAUUUGUAUCGCGGCCGGUGGCGUUUGAUAGUUUACAUGUCUGCUUGGUUGUUGAGUGUGUUGGAGGCAUAAUUUCAUUUGACCAGCGGAUUGUUAUGAACUCAUUGAGCAGGCUAUGAGCAGGUGGAAUGGAAAACCCCGACUGUCCGGAUGCAAAUCCUUCCAUCCCAGAUGAGCACUCCCUUAUCGAAGGUGUCAGUGACCCAGUGCUGUUUGUGGUCGUCCUGUGUGUGACGUUCCUGGCUUGUCUGGCUACACUGCUGUGCAGGAAUGAGCAGCAGAGGAUCCACCCGGAGAAUCAGGAGCACGUGCGAGCAGUUCGACAGCAGCUACAGACAGAGCAGGAAACAGCAUCACCAACGCCGAGGCAUCAGUACUACUCAGACAUGUCCUGUCCAGUGUGUCUCCAGCAGGCUGUUCUCCCCGUGGAGACUAACUGCGGUCACCUCUUCUGUGGUUCCUGUAUUAUUGCAUACUGGCGCUAUGGCACAUGGCUCGGAGCCAUAAGCUGUCCCAUCUGUAGACAAAUAGUGACCCUGCUGUUCCCGCUUUUCCGGGGCACGGAGCAGAGCGCUCGGACGCGAGACGGACAGCCGGAUGCGAACCAGAUCCUCAAUGACGUCAACGAUUACAACCGCAGAUUCUCAGGACAGCCCAGAUCUCUCCUGGACCGUUUGCGUGACGUCCCGACUCUCCUCCGCCAUGCCUUCAGGGAGAUGUUCUCCGUCGGCGGACUCUUCUGGAUGUUCCGGAUCCGGAUCCUGCUGUGCCUGGUGGGGGCGCUGACCUACCUAGCCUCUCCGCUUGACUUCAUCCCCGAGGCUCUGUUCGGCCUGCUCGGCUUCAUGGACGACUUCUUCGUCAUCCUCCUCCUCUUCAUCUACAUCUCUAUCAUGUACAGGGAGGUGGUGACGCAGAGGCUAGCCGGCUGAGCACGACCCCUAGCUGUGAUCAGUUCUAAAGCGUUUACAGUUUUAUCACUGAGUGUGUGUGUGUGUGUGUGUGUCGUAUAAUAUUCAGCUUAAAUAACUGAGGUCAGGUGGAGCUUCUGUCCUUGUAAUAUGAAAUACAUACUACACACAGGAGGUUUAGUUUUUUUUUGUUUGAUUGUUUGUUUUUUCAGUAGAAAUGAUCGUGAUUGGCUGGCUCGAGUGGCCAAACAAAACAAAGCUAGUGAUGUUAGCGAACUACUUUGUGGUUAAGCUAACAUUAGUUAAGCACUGAGUAAGAUAUUGGCAUCACUGAAAUAUGAGCUUGGUUAAUGUCGAACAAAAAGCUAACGUUAGCUAGCUCACUAAUUCAAAUCGUUAUUACUUUUUACGUUUGUGUAUAAUUUAUAUUUAUCGAAACAAAGUUUAAUAAACUAAAAUAAAUUCUCCCCUGCUCGAUGCUAAUUUGCCUGCCUCCUAUGUUAGUUACAGUAGCUCUAACAACAUGCUGGUUUUAAUAUUACUAGAAAUCAGUCAUGUGUUUAAACGGGCAGUUUGUAAUCUUUAGAGCCAUUUUACUGAGAUGAAAAAAGCUGACCCCACCCUCUUUGAAACAUACACCUCUUAUAGAUUUGCCUUUUAAGGAAGAGUAGCAGAACAGUACUGCUCUAUUGUAGCUGGGGGCGGAGCUUAUUUCAGGGCCAGAAAAAUGGAAAUAUAAAAAAAGAUAUACAACAAGAAGUCAGAUUCCGUGUAUAGUAAUAUUGCUAAACGCUUGCUGGUGUAAUUCUGAAGUGAUGAAAGCUACAUAGAGGACUUCGGCUGCAGCCAUUUUAGUGAAGUGAAGAAAAGUAUUUAAUUUAAAAGCCUCUUCCAAAUGGUCAUGGACUCUGUGCUCCUGAUUUACCUAUAAAUAUGAUUCAGGUUUAAGUACAAAACAUAAACAUUUCAUUUUGUAAUAACAAAUUGUGACUAAAAGGAUUAAAAACCACUUUUUAAAAAAAAUGUAACGUCCCAUAGCUGUAAUUAUUUGUGAUUGUUGAUUAGCUCACUUUUCAGAAUCAGGCUAAGGGAACUGUAACUGUGAACUGAAACUGUAACGGCAUGAGGACGUAAUUGCUGCUUAAUUCAUUUCUCCGUUAUUACAAAAUGGGAUCGUAAGUAUGAUCCAAAAAGUAUCAGCUAUUGUGCGACAUUAAAAUAGCUACAGUUUUGAGAAUUUUGCUUAAAUUGUGUUCAGAAUCGUUAUUUCUUUCAACCCCUCUAGAGGGAGCCGUAUGAUCGUUGUAGCCUUUAUAGGGAGCAGGUUCCUGUCCUGAUCACUUCAGAAUUGACCACAACCACAGUUUUACUAAGCUAUCUUUAAAACUACAUUAUACAUAUUAUAUAGUAUAGAUAUUGUAUAAUAUCUAUAGUAGAUAUUAUAUAAUAUCUGUAUUAUAGAUAUUAUAGAUUAUUCUAGGUCUAGAAAAGAUUUUAAUAAUUACAAACUACCGCUUUAAGAGUUAAACAGAAGAUCUCAUUCAAUAACAGUGAUUUUUGACUUUUUAAGAGCAACCCUGAACCAGUCAUGAUUAUUUCUGAAAACAUUUCAGUAACUAAACCUCCUAAACCUGUGUGUAGUAUUUUGAAUUCGAGCCUUUUUUUUUAUUUCUGAAACUCAGUGGUUAAAACUAUGAAAAACCUAAAUGCCAUGGAUUUACAUAUUAUAUUUCAUCCAAUUUUACUUAAUUAUAUGUUCAUUUUUAUUUACUUUGUCAUGAUAUUUAGUUGUUUGUCAUUAUCACACAAUGGCAGAUGAUUUCUUCCAGCAGUAACAAAAAUAUCACAAAGUUUCAAUGUGAAACUUUUCCUUUAGAAAACAUCAUUAUUAUUUUGUAAUUGUGUCAUUUUGUUACAACUUAUACUUUAUAACAAUGAUGUCAUGAACUCAUUCAUAACAUCAUACAUAAAUAUUUGAUAAGGUACUUUAUAAAUUUAUAAGUAUUCCUAUUUUUCAUGAUAUCAACAUGAGCUAUUUAUCGUUUUACUUUUUCAAAAUAAAGUCUCACGUCAACUUUAAGUCAAACUUUAUGUCAAACUUUAUGUCAAACUUGACCAGCACAGUGUUUGUUGGAUUAUUCUUACACAACUAUAGGCAACAUUAUAAAUUUAUAACAUAACUAUAGACAAGUAUAUGUCCACUAUGUCCAAAAGGGCUUAUGAAGAUUUUACGUAGCCUUAUAAACACUAUUUUUAAAGUGUUACAGCUAAAUGCAACUUGAUCGUAAUUAUUUUUGUAAAUUAAGGGAUAAUCCAAUAUUUUGUUAAUUAAUUUCCUGAUUACUCAUAUCCAGUGAUUUUUUUUUUCCACAUACACAAUGUUUUUUUGCUUCUUGAGAUCAUGAUGAAGAAAAUAAACCUAUAUUAUGGGAAAACGGACUAAAUAAAAUGUGUAAAUCCAUGCCAAUUUAGAGAUUCAGUAUAAAAAACCAUAGCCGGCUCUUACAUUUUUAUCUUUGGCUAUGAAAGUUCUUGCACUGCAUCUGGAACUGGGCCACGAACAGAUUUCCGAUAUAUAAAUAAAAGGCUAAGCUGUGAUCUAUUAAUGCGUAGGCAGAGCAUUGCGGGUAAAGAAAAGUCAUCUUUCCGUCAGUGCGUGAAGCAAAAUGGAAAGUGUGCUUCCACAGAAGAUGCGACUGCUUUCGAGCGAAAUGCACAGAUGGGCACUGGGGGAAACCAGAACAGCACAGGAAAAAAAAAAAAAAAAAGAAUCCUCCCGAAUUAUGACCAGCUGUGAGUUUCCAUAUAAACAGACUUUAUUUAUAGGUUUGGGUAAAAAUCCCUUCUGUUUCAGAACGUGUAGAAACUCAGAGUUUCAUUGAUAUUUCGCUAAUUCGCAGUUAAAUCAUUGUCAAAUGGGAGACAGUUCUAACAUUUAAUGUUUAUGGAAUUUUUGUUUUCUUCAGAUUGUAUUCAAACUUUCUCAUUGUGGGCUUCAUGCUGAAUCUGAUGAUGUGGUUGACCUUUACAACAGGCAUAAAGGGAAACGCUUUAUUUAAGCCCAGUGUUCAUAGGGCUGCAUGACACCUACAUAACCCCUUCGUGACAUCCACCAUAUGUCUACCCAAAGGUUUAUAAAGCCUCAGUACAUAACAGCCGGCAUCAGCUCUUCGACUGCGUUAUUCAGUUUAGUCAGAACUGCUUUAUGUCAAGGUGACAUAACACCUAAGUCAAGUGACAUAGAUUUUUGUUGACAUACAGUAGUGUUACGACUGAUUUGCAUUGGAAAGCCAUGACAGUUGACUUUGACCGCUGUAUUUGUUAUAUUUCUGGUUAUAAGUAUUAUAAGAGUACUUAGGGCAGUGCUAUGACACUGUAAUAACAGUCAUGUAUUACCGCUGGCACCUAUGUGACUUAUAGCAAUAUAAUGACACCAUAAUGAUAGAGCUGUGCACAUUUUCUCUGGCUCCUAAGUAAAGCAAAUGUAAUUAUACUGUUUUCAAGAUUUUUAAUGAAGAUUUAUAACAGCCUUGUGACAUGGUAGUGACAGAGAUACAGUGAGUUUGGUAUACUGAGUGAGUAUGAGCAUUUAUAAGACUUAUAACAAUGUUGUGACACAGUAAAUACACACACGUGUAUUUUCUAGCUCUGAAGUAAGGUGAAUGAGAUUUUAUUAAGACUUAUAACAAUCCUAUGACACUGUAAUGACAGCAAGGUGACAGCAAUAUUUCCUCUGGCCCCUACAUAAAGUGAGUAUAACAGUUUAAUGACGACUUAUAGCAGUGCUAUGGCAUGAUAAUGACAGAGUUAUUGUGUAUAAUUUCCGUGGCCGUUAACGAAAGUGAACGUAAGUUAGCUAAUUUUCUAAUUACGACUUAUAACACUGUUAUGACACUGUAAUGACAGAACCAUGUAUAUUUUCUCUGGCCCUUAAUUAAAUCAAACUUAAUACUUUUAAGAUUUUGCUGAAAAAUAAUUUAGAUAUUUAUAAUAGUCUAAUUAAGACUUAUACCAUUGUUAUGACACCAUAAUGAUCCCGCUAUGUAUAUUUUCUCUGGCCCUCAAGUAACACAAGCAUAAUUUGACUGAUUCUGAGAGUUUAAUGAAGACUUACAACAAUGUUAUGACAAAAAAAUAACAGCACUAUGUGUAUUUUCUCUGGCCUUAAAUUGUUUUGUUUUGCUGUUAUCACACUCUCUUUGCAAGUCAGCCUGGAAAGUAUUAUAACAGCCUUAUGACAACAUAGCUUUGUGUCACAUAAUGCAGGUGUUAUGUCAACUCUUUAUUAUCAUAAUUACUGAAAGCAGUCUAUGUGACAGCUGUUGGAGUAAGCCUUUAUAACUACAGUAUAUAGUGUUAUGUCAGUUCUUUCAGAAUGGGCUUAUGUAGGUUUUAAGUCACCCAUAUGAACACUAACCCUUAAAGGCAAAUUUGCUCAUAAAUAUUUUUGUAAAUGCUAUUUAUUUUAGAGAUAAAGCAUAAUCCAGUGUUUUGCAAAUUACUUUUUCUGACUACUCAUAACAUUUACUCUGCUGACAGCUGGAGGUUUUCUCUGGAGACGGGUAAGCUGUGUACGUACACCUGUGUUCAUAAGGCAGUACGAAUAUGAUUAUAAACAGGACUUUCUAUAGGCAUAAUUAUAAAUAAUCCUCAUGUCCAAUGUUACAUUAAAGCGUGUGCCUAAUGUGCACAUUCGAUGAAAAUGUUAUUCUGUUGUUUCCUAAGCCAUACCAAAUGUUAUAGAUCUACACAGUAACCAUGCCACAGAGCCACAGAAUUCAAGUGAAAUGUGAAAUUAUGCUCUUAAUAUCUCUCAUCUACUAUCCUGGUGUUAGAAACGAAGUGCAUGGAGCUGUGGAUCUUUUGCACAACGUGCUGUGCCUUGACUCUGAGACAACCACAGGAUUGAGAACUUGAACAAGCAAUUACAAAUAAAGUAUCUGCAACACUGUC